AAGAUGGAGUUAAUGAUUAUAUCUGACGCAAAUAUUUCAACCGUGAUAACUUGGGCAUUCGGUGCAAUGUCAGAUGUAAAUGAAAUUGAUUUCAGCAGCUCUACAAAUUGUUGCAUAUUCAACUCUACUGAGACUAAGCCUCAGACAAUGCACAUAUCUGGCAUCGUUCUAAUAUGUAUCGCUCUAAUAUUGGCAAGCAUCAUCAUACUCAUCAAAGCAUUGCACACCGAAUCUAAAAUGAAUACCGUAAUUAUGAUUAUAACCUUGAUGAUGAUGACAAUCGGUG